CGUCGAUCUUGGGCCCCAACCACCAGCUUCUGGGUUCUGCAAAACUAGUGUUGUUCGAGCUGGAACUAAGUUGGCAAUUCCACCAAGAUUAGAAGGCUCAAGCCCGUUCUGACGGCUGGCUGACGUCCUUUUGAUUUUGUCGUCUGACGUCCCUAGACAAAAUUGAGGGUUUCAUCGCCCCGUAUUUAUCGAUGCUCUAUCUCUAAAUGCGCGCGUCGUCGCGUUACUUCCGCCAUGGAUAAAGAGGUGGAGGCCCAACGACCCAACGUCCCAGGAGCUGUUCACGCUCAAGAAAAUGGGAUUGUUAACGCAACGAAAGAAAAGAUUCCAGCACUUAGCAAAGUAAUUGAUGACGUGGAAGGCCCAUUGGCUCCUGAGGAUCCGGACAAGCCGGCUGCCGAUAAUGGAGCAGCGGAUGGGAGCGAGCCUCAGGAGGAGCAGGAGCUUGUUGGUUAUAUCGGAGCGGCUAAUGGCGCGUACAUCUUGGCGGACUAUGGGAGGGAUGCGGACGCUUUCCGCGAGGCAUUGCCGAAGGCUCUGGAGAAUUUGCCACGCCAUUUCGCACAGUAUUCCAUGGGUUACGGGCGGCUGUUUGUGCUUUUUCAAAGGCACCACCCAGGGCUGGUGCUUGUGCUGCUGGGCUACAACCCGCUCCCCAAGGCCCACGCCCAGACCCUCCUGGGCAGUGUAGCGGGGCCGCUCGCUGCAGCCACAGGCGUAACAAUCACGCCGUACUCCGCAUCCGCGCCGCAUGCGGCGGGGAAGUGGAAGGGCGGGUUGGCAGGGGCGGAGCGGGAGAAGCUGAGUGCGGCGCUCGCGGCGCUGGCAGGGGGGCUGCGAGGCGUGGUGGGGUCGACCAUGGCGUGCAUGAAGAGGGUCGUUUCGAGAUGGUGAGAUUGUCCAUGGUGGGGCCAUGAACGAUGCCCCGUGGCAUGCAUGGGAGAACGACUGUCGCUGUGGCAUGGCAU